AGAAAUGUCAGAAAGUGCAGCACAAAACUUUUUUGUGUUUGGGGCAAGAAAAACAAAAAAGGACCAAACCAAAACAAAGCGUUAUAUCGGUUUUAUCUUCAUAGGUUUUAGUUAAUACUAAAUUCGUUUUUUGUUAAUUAAACAUAAUCACGAUGGCUGGGAACUUUUGGCACAGUUCUCACCACCAGCAGUGGAUAUUGGAUAAACAGGAUCUCAUCCGUGAGCGGCAGCACGAUUUGAAAAAUCUCACCGAAGAGGAGUACCAGAAGAUUUUUAUGUUCUUCGCAAACGUUAUUCAGGUACUCGGGGAGCAGCUUAAGCUACGCCAACAAGUCAUUGCCACUGCCACAGUGUAUUUUAAACGGUUCUACGCCCGGAAUUCACUGAAAUGCAUUGAUCCGCUCCUGUUGGCGCCUACGUGCAUUCUGCUGGCGUCCAAAGUGGAAGAGUUUGGUGUUAUAUCCAACACCCGGCUUAUCACCACCUGCCAGAACGUAAUAAAGAACAAAUUCAGCUACGCAUAUCAGCAAGAAUUCCCCUACCGAACUAAUCACAUUCUGGAGUGUGAGUUUUAUUUAUUGGAAAAUUUGGACUGCUGUCUGAUUGUGUAUCAGCCGUAUCGUCCGUUGCUGCAGCUUAUUCAAGACAUUGGCCAGGAGGAUCAACUGCUAACGCUCACCUGGCGCCUGAUCAACGAUUCGCUCAGAACGGAUGUCAGUUUACUAUAUCCUCCAUACCAAAUUGCUAUUGGAUGUCUGCAGAUUGCAUGUGUCAUCCUGCAGAAGGAACUGAAAGCUUGGUUUGCCGAGUUGAAUGUGGACAUGGAGAAAGUGCAGGAAAUUGCAAGAGCGAUUUUGAACGUUUUCGAGCUGUGGAAAAGUUACGACGAGAAGGAAAUUCAAGGCCUAUUGGAAAAGAUGCCAAAGCCGAAGCCAGCCCCGCAGCGGUGAUUCCGUAAGUUAUAUAUUUCUAUAACUGUAGUAUUAGAUCUCUAUCAACCGCAAAGUUGACUUCCAACGAAAUAUAAUAAAUUAUCAAGCAUUAGGUUGGGGUCCUUCUUGCAGGUUUAACAGAUAUAAUAAACUUGCAUUUGUUGUGAGGUGAUAUCAUCAGGCUGGGAGGGAUGAUUGGGUCUAUUUACAGCAACCUACUUAGUGCUUGAUCUAAACCUUUUAGUUCUCUUGACGCUAAUUUAUGAUAAAAUAGAGAAGAACAUUUGAAUCGUGUUGUAGACUGCAUUCUAAUAAAAUAAAGCAUAGGUAAUGAACAA